AUGAGCGCACCACACGACCCGACCAACGCGCACGCCGUCGCUGGACCUUCUCGCGUCUCGCACACGCACCACCCGCACGCCCGACAAGCCCCAGGACCGAGAUCCGCCUCGUCCCACCCCGCACCUCCGUCGACCCACUCUGCCAGCUCGGGCGCAGGGCCACCGCCUGCGCGCAGGCCGCCACCGACACGCCGAGCCGACGGUCCGCUCAUCGUGCCUACCGUCGUCGCGGUCGACGGCGUGCGCGAGGUCCCAGGCGCGUUCGAGCACUGCGAGGUCGACGACCUCAUCACGCUCAUAGCAUCGAUGCUCGACAAACUGCGUGAACAUAACGACCGCAUCCCGCUCACGCCAAACUCGCUCACGCGGUUCCACUCGCGCGCGCCGCCCAACAUCUCGGUCCGCGACUACCUCGUCCGAAUAGCCAAGUUCACCAACGUCGAGGCGUGUUGCCUCCUCAUCCUCCUGCCCUACGUCGACAAGGUCUGCGCCCGCCUGCCAACCUUCACCGUCUCGUCCCUCACCGUCCACCGCUUCAUCAUCGCCGCCAUCAGCGUCGGGAGCAAGGCGCUCAGCGACGCCUUCUGCACAAACGGGCGGUACGCGCGCGUCGGAGGCGUGAGCGUCGUCGAGAUGAACCUGCUCGAGAAGGAGUUCUGCGAGGCGCUCGACUGGCGGUUGACGACCUCGGGACCCGUCCUCGCGCACUACUACACGUCGCUCGUCAACGCCCACCCGCAGUACCGCCUCUCGACCGCCCCUCUCCCUACACCUCCUCCACCUCCCGCAAUCGAGAUCCCGCCUCCUGCUUCGCCG